AAAGGCUAACCAUGGAUCUGCUCAUGGUCUUGGUGCUCAUUCUGACAUGUCUGCUUCUGUUCUCAUACUGGAAAUUGAGUUCUAAGAGAGGGAAGCUACCUCCUGGACCUACUCCUCUGCCAAUUAUUGGCAAUAUCCACCAGAUAGAUGUAAAAAAUGUUCACCAAGUCUUUACCAAUUUCUCUAAAAUCUAUGGCCCUGUGUUCACUCUGUAUUUUGGCAUGAAACCUACAGUGGUGUUACAUGGCUAUGAGGCAAUAAAAGAAGCUCUCAUAGGUCAUGGGGAGGAGUUUAGUGGAAGAGGAAGUGUCCCAAUUCUUCAGAUGAUUUCUAAAGACCUUGGCAUUGGUUUUAGCAAUGGAGAUGCAUGGAAAGAAACAAGGCACUUCUCACUCUUAACCUUGAGAAAACUGGGCAUGGGGAAAAGGAGUAUUGAGAACCAAAUUCAAGAAGAAGCACAGUUCCUUGUGGAGGAACUGAAGAAAACAAAUG